AUGACGGAGCGCAGCAACGAGGCGGAGCCUCUCAUCCGCGAUGGAUGGGUACCGCCGGACUCGCAUAUACCGCCAGGUGCUUCCACCCCUGACGAGGCACCCAAAAGCAGCGCAUACCUCUUCAUACUGACCCUGGCCAUGGGAGGUCUCCAAAUUGUCUAUUCGAUCCAGCAUUCCAGUGGAUCACCGUAUCUUCUAUCUCUAGGAAUGAGCAAAGCGCUGCUUGCCUUUGUCUGGAUUGCAGGGCCCCUUACAGGCACUCUAGUGCAGCCUUACAUUGGCAUCCGAAGUGACAAUUGCCGCAUCUCCUGGGGCAAGCGAAAGCCGUUCAUGGUAUUCGGUGGCGUACUCUUGGCUAUCUGCCUGCUAGCUCUGGCGUGGGUGCGUGAAUUAGUGGAUGGCCUAUUUGGCUUGUUUGGCCUUGAUGCUCAGGCAGGUGAAGCCAAAACUGCAGUCAUCGUGGCUGCAACGCUUUUAAUGUACUGCCAAGACUUUGCCAUCAAUACUGUUCAGGCAGCCACCCGGGCUUUCAUUGUCGAUAAUGCCCCGGCUCAUCAACAGGAAGCGGCAAAUGCCUGGGCAAGCCGUCAUGUCAGCGCAGGGAACAUCUUCGGCUUCAUCAUUGGCGGUUUGAAUCUGCCGAGGAUGAUUCCAUUCCUCGGAAAUACACAAUUUAAAGGGAUCAGCAUAAUCGCUAGCGUCUCACUAGCAAUCACUCUAUCCAUCGGCUGCGCUUAUAUCAAGGAAAAGGAUCCGCGUAUGGAGCCGUCUUCAUCUGCCAGUCUAGGGUUUGUUUCAUUGCUUCAGUCCAUUAGAGACGCAGUUCAUCGCCUUCCGUUGCGCAUUCGCCAGGUCUACAUUAUUCAGGCUGCAGCAUGGUUUGGGUGGUUUUCGUUCUUGUUCUACGCCACCACUUACAUAGGGCAGUUGUAUGUGAACCCUAUCUUCGAAAGGCACCAAGAUCUAUCGGAUGAUGAGAUCAACAAGGUAUGGGAGGAUGCUACACGCAUCGGUACUUUAGCGAUGCUUGUGAAUGCACUAGUGUCCUUUGCAGCGAGUAUCAUCCUGCCAAUGCUGGUGGUUCCUUCGGAGAGGCAAAUGGCAGCUGAAGCGAACGCUAGUUCAAGCAGCUUUCGACUGAAAUUGAGGAUCCCUGGUUUAUCACUACGCCGUGCAUGGCUCCUCUCUCAUUGUCUAUUUGCCAUCUGCAUGCUCAGCACGUUCUUUGUUUCCUCCCCGGGGCAGGCGUCGGUGAUGACUGGAAUAAUCGGCAUUGCCUGGGCUGUCACAGCGUGGGCACCCUAUGCCCUUAUCGCGUCUGAGAUCGCUCAAGGGGACCCCGGACGACCGGCACAUCGUCGAGAGGGAUCCGGCGAAGUAGAAGGAGCAAGUAUUCUGCCAUAUGUUCAGGAAUCUGACGAACCAAGAAGGACGGAAGCAAAAUCAGUAAACCAAGCUGGUGUCGUCUUUGGUCUCCAUAAUGUCGCUAUUUCUUUCCCCCAGAUCAUUUCCAGUGCGAUAGGCAGCCUCAUCUUCAAGGCACUGCAGAAGCCACGGGGACAGCCUUGGGACACUAGCACAAGCUGGGUUAUGAGACUUGGAGGAUGUGCUGCCAUUCUUGCAGCUUGCCUGACAAUGGGGCUCCAAGAGCAGUCUAGGAGAAAGUAG